GAUCCCGGCGGCCGGCAGCAGGCUCACGCGUCCGCGUCCGUCGGUCGGCGGGGUGGUCUGUAAGCGUGCGGAAAGCCCAGCGCCCCGGCGCGCGGCCUGGGAGGGAAAGGGCACGGAGGGGGGACAGCGGCUCCCUCCCACUCCGGGGGGAGCCCAGGAGGCGGCGGUGCUGAAGCGUGAACCGGAGAACGAGGCAGAGCAGAGGAGAGGCGGUCGCGAGCACGAGUGGGGUGGGGCGUGCCCACGGGCCCCCGCCCCCCUCGUCCCCCAGCCCAGCUCCGGAGCCGCAGCCCCGGCCGGAGGGCAGGGAGUACGCGCCGCACCCCUCCCCCGUGCGUUCUUCAGCCACCCAGGCCUUCCAGGACGUUGUGGAUCGGGGACAACGGGGACAGGGACGCCCCCUUCAGCGGGAGCCGUCGGGGGGGCGGACCUGAGACAAGGCAAGCAGCCCCACUGGAGCCAGGCGCAGGGUCUGGGACGCAGUGGGGAGCGCAGAGGGCUGGCUGGGCGCUGCAGAGAGCGGCAGGCUGGGGCCGGGCCUCCUGGUGACAGGCCCUGCGCGGCCAGGAAGAACGGGAGACCAGCGGGAAAGAGCCCGGACCUAGAGUAGAGGCGGCUGCUUCACUCCCUUAUCGGAGCCGAGGGAACCAAGGAAUCUAGAGCACCGUCUUCCCCAUCAUAGGAAAGACACUUGCUCUCCAGAGCAGCACCUUUAUCUGAGACGGCUCUGCCGGGAAGGGGUCUUGGAGCCUGGAACAUCACCCCACACUCCUUUAACUGAGGCCUCUGGGCCUCAGAGAGGGCCGGGAGUUAGAAAGGAGGCCGGAGAGUCCUUGCUGCCCCCCUGGGGAGAGAGGAAGUUCCCCACCUGCUCCCAGGCCCAGGAGGAGCUGGGCCAGUAAUAGUAGGGUCCUGGCCCCUGAGGCGGCAGCGGCCAUGUCACGACCAGGCCAGGGUGUGAUGAUGCCUGUGAGCGGGCUGGGCUUCCCACCGCAGAAUGUGGCCCGGGUGGUGGUGUGGGAGUGGCUGAACGAGCACAGCCGCUGGCGGCCCUACACAGCCACCGUGUGCCACCACAUCGAGAACGUGCUCAAGGAGGAUGCCCGUGGUUCCGUGGUCCUGGGGCAAGUGGACGCCCAGCUGGUGCCCUACAUCAUCGACCUGCAGUCCAUGCACCAGUUUCGCCAGGACACAGGCACCAUGCGGCCGGUGCGGCGCAACUUCUACGACCCGUCGUCGGCGCCGGGCAAGGGCAUCGUGUGGGAGUGGGAGAACGACGGCGGCGCGUGGACGGCCUACGACAUGGACAUCUGCAUCACCAUCCAGAACGCCUACGAGAAGCAGCACCCGUGGCUCGACCUCUCGUCGCUCGGCUUCUGCUACCUCAUCUACUUUAACAGCAUGUCGCAGAUGAACCGCCAGACGCGCCGGCGCCGCCGCCUGCGCCGCCGCCUGGACCUCGCCUACCCGCUCACCGUCGGCUCCAUCCCCAAGUCGCAGUCGUGGCCCGUGGGCGCCAGCUCGGGCCAGCCCUGCUCGUGCCAGCAGUGCCUGCUGGUCAACAGCACGCGGGCCGCUUCAAACGCCAUCUUGGCUUCGCAGCGCCGCAAGGCUCCCCCCGCGCCCCCGCCGCCCCAGCCGCCGCCCGGAGGACCAGCGGGCACGCUCGCCGUGCGCCCCAGCGCCACCUUCGCAGGCGCCGCGCUCUGGGCCGCGCCCGCCGCCGGCCCCGCCGAGCCCGCGCAGCCCCCCGGCGCGUCCCCGCGGAGCCCGAGCGCCCCCAGCGGCGCGCCCACCCCGGGGCAGAACAACCUCAACCGGCCCGGGCCCCAGCGCGCCACCAGCGUGAGCGCGCGCGCCGCCAUCCCGCCGGGGGUCCCUGCGCUCCCGGUGAAGAACUUGAAUGGCACGGGGCCAGUCCACCCGGCCCUGGCAGGGAUGACCGGGAUCCUGCUCUGCGCUGCGGGGCUGCCCGUGUGCCUGACGCGGGCCCCCAAGCCCAUCCUGCACCCACCGCCCGUGAGCAAGAGCGACGUCAAGCCCGUGCCAGGCGUGCCCGGGGUGUGCCGCAAGACCAAGAAGAAGCACCUCAAGAAGAGUAAGAACCCUGAGGAUGUGGUUCGAAGGUACAUGCAGAAGGUGAAGAACCCACCUGAUGAGGACUGUACCAUCUGCAUGGAGCGGCUGGCCACGGCCUCCGGCUACGAGGGCGUGCUUCGGCACAAGGGCGUGCGCCCUGAGCUCGUGGGCCGCCUGGGCCGCUGUGGCCACAUGUACCACCUGCUGUGCCUCGUGGCCAUGUACUCCAAUGGCAACAAGGAUGGCAGCCUGCAGUGCCCCACCUGCAAGGCCAUCUACGGGGAGAAGACGGGCACUCAGCCACCCGGGAAGAUGGAGUUUCACCUCAUCCCCCACUCGCUGCCCGGCUUCGCUGACACCCAGACCAUCCGCAUCGUCUACGACAUCCCCACAGGCAUCCAGGGCCCCGAGCACCCCAACCCAGGCAAGAAGUUCACUGCAAGAGGCUUCCCGCGCCACUGCUAUCUGCCCAACAACGAGAAGGGCCGGAAGGUGCUGAGGCUGCUUAUCACCGCCUGGGAGCGGAGACUUAUCUUCACCAUCGGCACAUCCAACACCACGGGCGAGUCGGACACCGUGGUGUGGAACGAGAUCCACCACAAGACCGAGUUUGGAUCCAACCUCACGGGCCACGGCUACCCGGACGCUAGCUACCUAGACAACGUGCUGGCAGAGCUCACAGCCCAGGGUGUGUCCGAGGCUGUGGCCAAGGCCUGAGG